UUUACCGUCAUGGAAACGCUACGAGAUAUCUUCCCUCGAUAGUCUGGGAUCACUACAAUCCUAUGUUGGCUUGCAAGUGUAAUUGGUUCAACUUUGCUCGCUUCGAGAUUUACGAUCGAUUCGACUUCGUGUGUCCAACUCUGCAACUCAGCGUUGGGUUGCUGGACAGCCAAUCAAGACCGAAAGCUCAUAUGAAUUACCAUAUACUCAUGAGAAAAUGGAAAGGUGGAACAGAUUACGAAGGCUUAAAUGAACUUAAGAGAAACAUGACGAGUGGAGAAUUUUGUAAUCCAAGUCACAAAGAAACACAAAAAUUAUACACGUGCAAAAAUGGAGAUGACAAUCAAGGAUACACUGUCAGAUUUGCCAGGGACAACGAUUUCUACAAAGGAGACUUGGUCGUCUUUUUUAACAAUGAGGCUGACGGUCUACAGUCUGAUCUCACUUCAAGUAAAAAGCACUGUGCUAUGGCUUUUCUUGUGAAUGUGACGUGGGGGGCUCCCGUCAACUAUGAUUUCAGUUACGGAAAAAAUCUAGACGGUAAAAGAAAGGAAUGCAGUGUUAUCAACACGACAUGUUUUCCAUGUCAAUCAACACCAACAAAAAUCACGACACUAAUCACAACGGUGAUGGUCUCGUCGACAACAGGACCCAUAACAGCUUGCUCAAUAGUGAAUACAACACCAAGUAUUACAGCGAGUACAACAACAUCUACACCAACAACAACAGCAGGUACAACAAAAACAAUCUGA